AUGAAACACACACAGACAGGGGGUUCUGCAAGGUUUCUCGAAAGCAGACUAAAGGGGGAAGCUCUAUGUCGAUGAUGGAACGAUUAAUUUUGAUGGUGUAUUGAUGAUGAUUGGAUGCGUUUAGGAGCCCGCUCAGGCAAGAAAGAAAACAGAAGAAAGGUGCGCGUCUGAGCUGGAAGUGUAAGAGACUGAGAAUGCAGGUGCUCGUGAAUGGCAGGGAUCUGUUGAAAAAAAGGGACAGCUCUGUGGAAAAAGGGUUUCAAUUAGUGUUUAUUUUCAAAGGUAACAAAGAGGAAGAUUCCGGGGAUUUUGUGUGUGUUAACAGGAUAUUUGGGAAUGCAAAGGAAAAAUUUUGAGUGAGGGAUUAAGAGGGAAUCAGGUAGUAACCAAAAGCUAGAAUCAAGGGAGAGAAAGAGCAAGUUUUUAGAGUUUGGAAAGAUGAAGUAUGUGGUAGACAAGGGGAAGUCUCUGUUUUCAUGGUCCAGUAGACCCAAAAGGAAAAAGAAUUCCUCAAACUCAGACAAUAUAGAGAAUGCAGCUUUCCCUGGUCAAGCAACAAGUGAAGGGAAAGGGGCAUUAUACCAUUGUAAUUACUGCAACAAAGAUAUUACCAGCGUGGUCCGUGUUAAGUGUGCAGUUUGUCCAGAUUUUGACCUCUGUGUGGAGUGCUUCUCUGUAGGGGCUGAAGUUACUCCUCACAAGUGCAACCACCCUUACCGGAUUAUGGAUAAUUUAUCUUUUCCGCUCAUUUGUCCAGACUGGAAUGCAGAUGAAGAGAUAUUAUUGCUUGAGGGCAUUGAUAUGUAUGGAUUUGGGAACUGGGCAGAAGUAGCAGAGCAUGUUGGAACCAAGUCAAAAUCACAGUGUAUUGAUCACUAUAAUGCUGUUUACAUGAACUCACCAUGUUUUCCUCUCCCGGUAAGAUUAGUAAAAGAUCAAAAUAUUUAA